UAUAAAAGAAAGUUUUUGUUGAUUAAACAACAUUUCAAAACUUAAUAAUUAUUAUUAAUAAUUUAGUUAAUAUAGAUUUGAAAUAAUGAAAUUAUAUAAUAUAUUAUUGCUAUUGUUUUGUAUGAUUGUGUCAGUUGUUGGACAACGUGUUAAAAAGCAGUCCAAAGAUGACCAGAAUUGUAAUGAAAAUGAUUUUGAUAGACAUUCGAGUAAUGUGUUCGGACAGUUCGGUUUGGAGGAACUCCGACUACCGGAGUCUAAGAAUGAGUUAAAAACAUACUGCAGAAAAGCUAAAGAGAGUACAGAUUUUGCCAAAAAAUUUGGCGACAACUGUCUGAAGGGUACCUCACAAACACUUAUGUCUUUGGCUUCCUAUAACUUUGAUAAAGUCAAUAAAGACUAUUGUGCUAAAAAUGGUAAGAAAAAGGAUCAGUGGAUUGAAUGGGCAAAGUGUGGCAAUAAGGCUAAACCGGCAACUAUUAAAUGUUGGGAUAAAAUGAUAAUAACUAUGGCUAAUACAAAAAAAGUUAAAAACAAUAAAAUUAGGAUACCUAUCAUUUGCUGCUCUUAUUAUGCUUGGAUUAAUUGCAAUCGAAAAGCAUUUGAAGCCAUGGGAUCCAAUGUCUGCAGUGAUGAUGCCAUCAAUGGUAUUGAUGUUCACACCAAAAAAGCUAGUGUCGACUCAAUGAACCUCAUAUGCAGUCGAUAUCAGGACGACCUAACUAAAUGUCAGUCCUAUGAAAAGGAGGUGUCAAACACUAGACCCAAACGUAUACACAAAACACCUCUUUUAUAUGUGUUUGAAGUGUUUGACUCUCUUUAAGCAAUAAUACAUUAUUUUCAAAUUAGCUUAUUAUCAAAUAAAAAUUGUUAUUAUAAUAUAAUUUCUGAUAAAAGUGCAAUAAAAUAAUUAUUGGGGGUGGGGUGGUAAUGCAUUAGAGUUUAGUGGUACUGUAUAUUAAAAUAAUAAAUAUCACGUUUACUUUUUUACAUAAAAUGUUUUGUUUAUUA